UUAUUGAGUUGUGUAUAAUGGCCACUGGGUGUUUUUAAUGACAGGCGGUUUUCUAGUGUAACAUUAGGGUUACAACAAUUUUGGGAACAACAUUUUGUAUAAUUAAAAAAAAUUGUAUUAUCUUGUUGAUUAUAAAAGCAAAAUAAAUACAAAUAACAAUGGAGUGUUUAAUUGGAAUUCAAUUUAAAGAUUUUGUGCUUGUUGCUGCUGACAUGACCACUGCACAAUCAAUAAUGGUUAUGAAAACCGAUGAACACAAGAUACACAAAAUAUCAAAUAAACUUGUUAUGGCUGUAUCUGGUGAGCCUGGUGAUGCAACACAAUUUUCUGAAUUUAUUAGUAAAAAUAUACAACUAUAUAAAAUGAGAAAUGGUUAUGAAUUAUCACCAAAAGCAGCAGCAACAUUUACAAGAAGAAAGUUGGCUGAUUAUUUGAGAUCAAGAACACCAUAUCAUGUUAAUUUAUUAAUGGCUGGAUAUGAUGAAGAAACUGGUCCAGAAUUAUUUUUCAUUGAUUAUUUGGCAUCAUGUGUUAAAGCACCUUAUGCUUGUCAUGGAUAUGGUGGAUUUUUUUCACUAACUAUUUUGGAUAGAUAUCAUCGUGCUGACAUGACUGAAGCAGAAGCAUUUGAUUUGAUGAAAAAAUGUGUCACUGAAGUACACAAACGUCUUAUUGUCAAUCUCCCAAAUUUCAAAGUUCAAAAAAUCACCAAGGAUGGUAUCAUUGACAUGCCAACAAUAACAGCACAAGAUUUAGCUGUUGAACGUGCUGCUAAUGCAUAAAAAAUAUAUUAAUAAAUAUUUUCACUUAUUUCUUUUUCUUAUACUUGUUUACAUUUGGAUUUCAUAAUUAAAUAAAAAAUAAAAUAAAAAUAUUCAAUAACAAUAAAUAAGUAACAUACAACACAUUUAAUAAUAAUUUUUUAUCUUUUUUUUUAUUAUUAAUAUUAUUAAUUUUAUGCAGAUUUUACGAGUUAUACAAUACGACUUUAAUUUAUCGUAGAAAUAAUAAUUUUAUAAAUUUUUAUUUCGAUGAAUUUCUAAACAUGACAUGAUUAUUUAAUGAUAAAUAAUUGUAAAAAAAUUUAGGAAGAUUUUUUUUUAAUUUUGUCGUUAAUUUGUGCGCUAGAUGGAAUUUAUUAACAUUUUUUUUUUUUUUUUCAACAUGUCAAUUAGUCAAGUCCAAGAUUAUAUAUGCAAAAACAAGAAAAUAAUUGUUUUUGAUUUUAUCAAUAGAUAAUCAGUCAAUUACACUAAUUUCCUUUUUUUUUUUUUUUUUUUUUUUAACAAUAAUUAUUUUAAAAAUGUCAAAAUGAAUACUGGAUUCACAAUAAUUGGUACAAUAUAAUUGUCGUAUUAUCUUUCUCUAGAGAAAAAUAAAUUUAACACAAAAAUCUCAAACAAAAAAAUAAUAAAUUGUAAAUGACUAACAAAAUGGGCAUAAAUUUUUAAGGUGCAAUGAAUUUAAUGAAAAAGAAAACUAAUAACAAAAUUUUGAAACGACACGUUUAUAAUUUUAAAUCAUCAGAAUCAUCGAGUGGAAUAUAAAAUACUAAACAUCUUGGCACUAAAUACAAAAAAAAAAUCAUCAGCUAAUAUUAAUUUUUUUUAGCAUUUUAUUUUUUUUCUUUUAUUUGAAAAUCUAUGUGUGUAUUUCGCGAGAUUCUGAUGGUGAAAAAAUUCAAUAGUUUUUAUUUCUUCUUUCUCAUAAAUAUUUAAUAUUUAUUAUAUAAAUAUUUUAUUUAUUUAAAUUGUGGAUAAAGUAUCUAAG